AUGGAUCCUCUUACCGCCCUUCGAGACGCCAUCAAGGCCGGAUCCGCUCUGUCGCUCGACAAGGACGACAUUGCCGAGGCGACCGCUCUGACCAUCGGCUCGCAGACGUUCCCCCUGAGCGACACGACCCGAGUGGAGAUCGAUGGAGUGCCGCAGGACCUCAAGUCUGUGUACGCGUGCUGGGACAAGGCCGGAGAGAACAUUGCGCAAUACGUGGUCUUUUGCAACACCAACGGCAUCACACAUUUCCCGUUUCUGCAGCGCUCGGACGUGAUCAAGUGGCUCAAGGGAGAGACCGAGAGCGUCGACGCCAUCAAGGGAGGGGCUAACGACACAAAGACCGAUGCCAAGGAAGACAAGGCCGGUGGCGUGGACCCCGAUGCCAUGGACGUGGACGAUCCUCGGUUGGAACGAAUUCUAGCCAGCGAGGUGGCUCCCUACGACCACAACUCCAUGCUGCGAGGCACCAAGCCCACCGACUUCUCCUCGGUGCAGAAGGACUGCUACACUAAUAUUCUCAAACACAAGGGCAAGCCUGCAGCGACCCACGAGUCGUCUAAGCAGCAGAAUGCGCAUGACCGAAGAAAAGAGCCCAUCAUCCUGCUGUCUCCAUCUGCGUCGGCUCUGCUCACUCUUAGCAACGUCAAGGAAUUUUUGGAGUACGGCAACUUUGUGGAACCUCAAUCGGCAUACGGCAUUGAUAUGCUACGGCUCAACCACACUAACCCCUAUAUGGGCAAGCUCACAUAUGUGGUUGUGGACAGCCACGAAAAGCUGACCAAGCCGGAGUACUGGGACCGAGUGGUGGCGGUGUUUACCACUGGCCAGGAGUGGCAGUUCAAGUCGUACCGGUGGUCGGACCCCAAUCAACUGUUCCAGAGAGUCAAAGGUUAUUGCCUGGUCUACAACAACGACCCUGUGCCUCCUCCAGUGACCAACUGGAACGUGGAGGUGGUUCGAAUCGACAAGACACAGCGAUUCAAGGAUAGGGAGAUUGUGGCCCGGUUCUGGGAGUCUUUGGAUCGGUUCAUGAUCAACAGAGGAUGGCAGGGAAGAAAGUAA